AGGCGAGGCGAGGCGAGGCGAGGCGAGGCAGGGAGGGGGAGCCUCGCCUGGAUGCUGACUCCAGCUCGGGGGCUGCUCAUUCCCCCGAUGAGCGAGGGCGCCGGCAGCGGGAGCGCCCCCCCCUCCCCGUGCGCCGCCGCUCACCGCUCGGGCUGAAGUUUGGCACGGGGAUCUGCCCCGCUUUCCCAAGGAUUGUACCGCUGCCGCUUCACUUUGCGCCUCCAGACGUGCCUUCCCCGACCCCUAAGAUGAAGAGGGCGAUAGCUGAAGGAAGCAAACUGCUGAUUUUGGUGCUUUGCUUGAACAUCCCGUCAGAAGCGGAGUCCUGCCCCGGGGCGUGUGUAUGCUACAGUGAGCCCAAGAUCACCAUCAGCUGCCAGCAGCAGGGGCUGACAGCCAUCCCCACGGAGAUCCCCAUCCAGAGCCAGCGCAUCUUCCUGCACAACAACCGGAUAACCCUGGUGAGGGCCACCAGCUUCACCUCCUGCCGCAACAUGACCAUCCUGUGGAUCCACUCCAACAACAUCAGCCUCAUCGAGCCCGGGGCCUUCUACGGGCUCACCAAGCUGGAGGAGCUGGACCUCAGCGACAACACGAACCUGAAAUCCAUCAACCCCGUCACCUUCCGCGGGCUCGUGCACCUCCACACCCUUCACCUGGAUCGCUGCGGGCUCCUGGAGCUCUCCACGGGGCUUUUCCGAGGGCUGUUCUCCUUGCAGUACCUCUACCUUCAGGAUAAUAACCUCCAGAUCCUGCUGGACGACACCUUCAUCGACCUGGCGAACCUCACGUACCUGUUUUUGCACGGGAACAAAAUCAAGAGCUUGUCGGAGAACGUCUUCCGCGGGCUGAUCAACCUGGACCGGCUGCUGCUGCACCAGAACAGGGUGAGCGCGGUGCACCGGCGCGCCUUCCACGACCUGGGCAAGGUGCUGACCUUGUACCUGUUCAACAACAACCUGACGGUGCUGACGGGGGACACCAUGGCCCCCCUGGUGUCCCUGCAGUACCUGCGCCUCAACGGCAACCAGUGGAUCUGCGACUGCCAGGCGCGCUCGCUCUGGAACUGGUUCAGGCAGUUCAAGGGCUCCUCCUCGCAGCUGGAGUGCCACCUGCCCCCCCGCCUGGCCGGCCGCGACCUGAAGCGGCUGCAGAGCUCCGAGCUGGACGGCUGCGUGGAGUCCUUCAACCAGAUCCGCACCAGCGUCUUCAGCACCAAAACCAGGGCGGGGAAGCUGCCGACGGGGCUGCCCCCCCUGGGCUCCCGCGACGGCUCCUCCAAGUGCUGCCAGCCAGAGAUGGACAAGUCCUUCAUCUACGAGGCCAAGGGCAAGGCAGGGCCCUCCUCCCACAGCAGCCGCUCCUCCAACAACCACCUCAAGGAGAAGGAGAACAUGUCCAGGCCCAAGUACAUGGAGACAGACCCUUCCAAAAAUGGCAGCAACAAGCAGAUAAAUGAUUCCCCCUUUGGGACCUUCCCCAGCAUUGUAGACCCUCCUUUGACCAAGUUGAGACCUGAGUUUCUAGAGCCCAUUGAACCUUCCACAGUCCCAACCAAAAAGAGGCAGGGCUGCUCUAAAAAGAACAGAUCAAAGGCCCAGUGCCGCCUCACCCAGCAGGGGAACAGCUCCACGUUACAGCUCAGCCUAAGCCUUUUGAUCCCCCCCUUGGUGUGGAGCUUACUGUUAUUCUGCUAAAAUUAACUCUUUUCCUGGGUUGAUCACACUUUAAUACUCGACUUUUGCUGACCUCCAUAAAUGUUACAAACAAAAGCAGGACUCCCACCCACCGUGAGAAAGCUUUGUUACACAAAACUUAACUGGAUGCCUUUAUUAAAACAAACAAACAAAAAACAAACAAACAAAAAAAGACAAAUACCGAGAUGUACAUAAUUUAUUUGUCCUGAAACCUGUGAAUUAUACCUUUGGUCUUCGGAACUGCACUUGCCCACAAAGCAGCUUUUGCUACAGCUGAUGGUAAAGAGAUACGGUUUAUUUACAGGGAAAAAAAA